AUGACACUGACAGACAAGACCCAGGUGUUGAUCGUGUCUAUACUGACAUUACUGACAGUGACAGCGGCUUCGAUAAGUUCAGAAUGGGAGCUUGAAGAUCCAUCCCAGCAAUCAUCUUCGCCAGAUAACCUAUGCAGUUUUGACAAGAUUUCUACCUCAGGUUCAACGUUUAAAAUUAUAAACGGAUGCAAAUGUUCGCUUUUUAUCUGCGUGUGUUCCGGUCUUGGACUCACCACAGUACCUGGUGCGUUACCGCAGAAUUUAACGCAACUUUAUCUCGAUCACAACAAUUUGACGUCCAUCCCAAACCAGACUUUUUGUAACUAUACUCAACUCAGAAUUUUAGACCUAUCGUAUAACCAAAUUUCAGAGCUUUACCCCCAAUCGUUUCAAUGUAUGACAAAACUUACCUGUUUGACGCUACAGAGCAAUAAUCUAGUUAUGAAAGUGGAUGCGUUUCCUCCAGGAAUUUUCAAACCGUUACAGUCACUACAUUUUCUUAAAUUAAACAACAACACGUUCAAUACUACCAAUAAAACUUACCAAUAUCCGGAUCAGCAGCUAUCCGAUUUACGGAACUUAACAACGUUGUAUUUAGAUGGGCUUUUCAACAAAAAUUUUAGCGCUGGGUUUGCUAGCAUGUCUUCAUUAAGAAACCUCACCCUUGCUGGCUAUACGGAGGGACAGUGUGAUCUAGGUACAUUAAAAAACUCGACAUUCACACACUUAUCGCAACUAACGUUCCUCAACAUCAGCGACUGUCGUAUUUUUCGCUACUACAACCACGAAUAUGGGGCGUUGAGUCCGCUACUCAACCUCCAGGUUCUCGAUCUUUCAUACAAUCGACCGUUAGAAUUUUAUAAACUUUCUAUCCUGCUUUAUGGGCUUAGAGAUUCAAAACUGGUUUCUCUCUAUAUAAAUUCUAUUGUGAAUCUUCACUCAAAAAGCAUCGAGAUAAAUUCAUCCAUGGUUCAGAAUCUUCCAAAAUCUCUGGAACACAUCGAACUUCGAGAAAACGCCGUAGAAUCUAUUUCCGACGACGUUUUUGAUUUACUACCGGAUAACUUAACAUACCUUGAUAUGGGGAACAACAGGUUUGUAUUUGGUGAAUAUAUGAAAUAUAUCUGGAAACUGCGAAAACUAACCACAGUAAUGCUAAACGGGGGAGGAUUUUUGUACUCACUCCCCCACAGCUACACGCCAAACAACGGUGUUGCCAGCUUUGAAGUUGUCAACAACGCUGGAUAUGAACUCAAGAAAAGAUUGAUUUUACAGGUGCCACCCAAUUUGAAACACCUAGAUAUGAGUAUCUGCGCAUUGAAGUAUAAAAUUUCCGAACUCCAUCUCAACUUCACAAACACGUUAAGUCGCUUGAAGCUCAGCGAUAAUUAUUUUCCGGAAAUUUCCGGACCUGUGUACGGAUUCCAAAACGUGACCUAUCUAAACUUAGAGUACAACUCUAUUCAAGUAAUAACCCGCAAGUUUCUUUCUGGCUUUCCGGGUCUUAAAGCACUGUUGCUAGGCAACAACCAUUUCGAUGACUACCUCAAUGAUCUGGACGAGGAAGGGAUGAUCUUUCAAGAUCUUGAACACCUCAUCACUCUCGACUUAUCUCACUGUCAGCUGACAAUCUUGCCGGUGAACUUGUUUAAGGGGCUCGCGAAUCUGGAGUACCUCAACCUACACCACAAUAAUAUGUGGUUGUUCAACAUCAACAUCACGCACAUGACGAAGUUAAAACUUCUAAACUUAACCCACACGGACGUCUCCUACUUACCACCAGUCGUUCGCCAGCACAUUGAUAACCUAUGUGCAAUUAAUAAAUCCUGUCCCAUACGCGUUGAUCUAUCCUUCAGUCCUAUACUAUGUGAGUGUAACAAUUUAGAAUUCAUCAAAUGGAUGGUAGGGUCCCGUGCCUUUGACAACAAAUUCAAACACUACAUGUGUAAGUACUACGACAGUUCCUACAGGUUCAUCAACGACAGCUACGACACGACGAUUCGAUUUCUCAGCGGCAAAUGUGUGGACAAGUACUACGUUUUUCUAGCCGUGGUUCUGGCGACUUUGGUCCUACUUGGCUUCGUACUGGCCAGUAUAGUCUACAGGUUCCGAUGGAACAUUCGGUACUUCUACUAUGCCGCCAUCUUGAAAAUGAACUCCCAGAAAAACAGAGGCAGCCAGGAGAGUUAUAAAUAUGACGUCUUCUUAUCCUACUCCUCUCUGGAUGAAAGCUUUGUGUUAAACACACUAAACAAAGAGCUUCAAAGUCGGGGCCUCAAGCUUCACGUUCACGGCCGAGACUUCGCUACGGGCAACUGGAUAGCGGCCAACAUCGUGACGGCCGUCAAGGAGAGCAGGAAGACGCUGGUCAUCUUGACCAGACACCUGUUGGCCAGCAAGUGGUGUAACUAUGAGCUGCAGAUAGCCAACAUGGAGUCAAUAGACCGUGGCCGUCCCACUCUGGUGUUCCUGUUAAAAGAGUCCAUCUCCUCCAAGGAUCUGGGUCAUGACCUCCUGUGCCACAUCAAGCGUAACACGUACAUCUCAUACCCCCACCCCGACGAUACAACAAACGACAGCGUCUAUCGUGUCUUCUGGGAUAAGCUGGCCGCUGAUCUCAAGCGCUGAGUUCAAUAUUUGAAUAAAACAAGCUCAAAAUACUUUAUUAUAAAUCAGUGGCGUAGCGAGGUCGGGUAUCACCCGGUGCGGCACUUAAUGGUGUCACCCACCCCCCAUAGGCAUAGCGACCCUUCCCGGGGACAAACUUUCAAAUUUUCGAUU